CCAUUUACUGCCCUACCUCCGCCUCCUCCCUCAGAGCACAACAACGCUGAGGAGGCGGCGGCGCCCUGUCACACUGCUCUGCCGGAUCUCCUGUGACUUGUGCCCCGCUCUGUGGAUACUACAGCCCGGACCGCUCCGCCGCCACUACGUGCGAUUCUCUCUUGGAACUUAUUUCACUUCCAGACACUUGUGGACAUUUCUUCCCGGACCCCGGAACUUUUCUGUAGCCGGGAGCGGAUUUAGUUGCAGAACUUGCAGAGGGGAGUCGUGGUGCCGCUGCGGAUUUCAGAUGUGUUCUCGGCCUACUGGAGUGAAAACUCUUCAGGGUACUGAUGGAGGCCAGAGUACAAAAUGGCAGUGGAUCUCAACCUUUACUACAGGCUCGGCGUGACAGCGGGAGACCACACGGUGAUAUUGACCCAAGGGACCUUUUGACGCAACAAGUUCAUGUUUUGUCAUUGGAACAGAUAAGAGCCAUACGGAACACUAAUGAGUAUACUGAAGGGCCAACUGUGGCUCCUCGACCUUGGGUUAAACCUGCACCCCGUCAAACUUCCCAGCACAAAAAUGAGAGAAUACAUGUGGUAACAGACCAGAGGCAAUUUAGCCGGAGCCCUCUUGCACCAAUGUAUCCCUCAUCACGGACAACUUUGUCUCGGCCUGUUAGUACUGUGAGUACAGGAUCGCGAAGUAGUACACGGACGAGCACAAGUAGCAGCUCAUCAGAGCAAAGACUUUUAGGUCCUCCUUAUUCAUCAUCGGGGCUAGUUUCUGACAGGAUAAUUCGCGUACAACCCAAAGGUGAGCUGAAACCAGAGGAGUUAAAGCCUUCCAGUAAAGAAGACUUGGGCUUACAUGCAUACAGGUGUGAGAGCUGCGGGAAAUGUAAGUGCCAAGAAUGCACUUAUCCAAGAACUCUUCCCUCCUGCUGGAUAUGUGACAAGCAGUGCCUUUGCUCAGCACAGGAAGUGAUUGACUAUGGAACUUGUGUUUGCUGUGUGAAGUGCCUAUUCUAUCACUGCUCCAACGACGAUGAGGACAAUUGUGCCGACAACCCCUGUUCUUGUAGCCAGUCGAAUUGCUGCACUCGCUGGUCUGCCAUUGGUGUUAUGUCGAUGUUCUUGCCUUGUUUAUGGUGUUACCUUCCAGCCAGGGGUUGCCUUAAAUUGUGCCAGGGCUGCUAUGACCAGGCAAAGAGACCGGGAUGUCGAUGUAAAAGGUCAAAUACAGUAUGUUGUAAAGUGCCACAGUUACAGCCCAGAAGUUUGGGAAAGCCAACAUAGCACCGGUUGACUUAAAAAGGAUAAAGUAAUUGAACUUACUUUUAACACACAUAUGCAAUCAUUUAAAUUAACAUGGUACAGUUGGUAGGAAGCAGUGGGAAGUUUUUUCCUGUUUGCAGUGAUUUAAAAAAAAUUAUUUUUUUCCUAAGUGCCAUCUUAACCAAUAGGCUUGUUAGAAAACCUUUAAUCAAGCUCGGACUAGGAUCCAGUGCUCUGUGCCACAUAAUAUAUAAGCUAUAGCAACACAGACACUCCUACGUAAAUGUGCAUUGUUUUGUGAAUAAUACUUGCAACAUUUGUAAAUUAACAAAGGACUUUCAUGUUUUGUCUGCCAGAGAUAAUGUGCUAUAUUUUUGUAUAUAAAGAAUAAUAUUUACAACUGUGAAUUUGGUGCCACUGUACUGGCACAAUCACGAAAUGUACUAAUAUACAUUCAGAGGAAUGUGAAUCUAUCCACACGGUUAGAUUGUGCUUCACCUUAUUGAAAAAUUAAUAUUUCUACUCUUUGGACUUUCUGUAUAUUGUACAGUUUCAGUAAGAGUCAGCCUUUAUUUUCUAAUUUUUCAACAUAUUGUUUAGUGUAAAGUAUAUUUAUUUGAAGUUUUAUUAUUUUAUAAAAGAGAAAUAUUUAUUUUAAGAGGCAUCUUACAAAUGUUUCCCCUUUUUUAUGAUGUCAGUUUCUGCAGAUGGGGUUAACAGAUGCAUAUGUUCACUAUAAAAUAGAAAAUAUAUUAACGUUUGAAAUUAAA